AUGUCUUCAGAACAUCUAGCACUCAUUGAAGUCACCACAAAUGACGUGUACUUCUGUGUGGCCCAAAGUAUCACAAACAUGUUAAGCCUCCUACUACACAGUCCUCCGGCAAGGCUGUGUGUGGGGCUCACAUGUCUCCUGUCCCUUUGGAAUUCAGUGUCUGCCAUUAAAGGAGAAGCCAAGAAAGAAAAAGGAAUGCUCUUCUUACCUAUGCCAGUGUCUGGCCUUCAAGGAACAGCGAAGAAGGAGAGAAGGUUGGCUUUUCUGGCUACGACAGAGCUACCUGCCAGCUCCGUGGACCUGUCCGCCCUUAACCUGACAGAACUAGUGAACGGGAUGCUGAACAGAGCUUUACAAGACAGCAGCACGUUCUUCUCCUUGCUCAGCAUUACUUCCUACAGCUCCUUCGCCUUCCUCAAGUUCUCUGUGGCCAUUUACAACAUUUCUAACCUGAAGACCGUGGACCCUGCCAAAUUCCCCACCAGAUACUGCUACUGUUUGAACAACCGGACCAAUGACUUUUCAGACUUCACAGCCCUCCUGGUGGACCUUGUUGGCAAUUCUACCAGCUACCUCACAGAAAUUUUUAAGUCAACUUCCAUCCUCUCAGUGAGUCAGACCAAUGGAUCCGACUGCGUUUUCAUCUGCGUCAUGACCGGGAAGUCAGGAAGAAAUCUUGCUGAAUUCUGGGACAUGGCGGAGAAGCUCCCUGUUAUCAAUUACACAUUCACCAGCAGCAUGUCUGGCAUUCUGGCUACUGCGGGGAUGGCUGUGACUUCAGAAACCCCCUUCACAAACCAACCAAGACUGUCAAGCACGAAGCCCCCAAGCCAGGGUCAGGAUACUGCAGUGCCUGCUCUGAGGACCUUUCCCUGGAUUGAGACAGCUGUUCCUUCAGCAAGAGAGGAGACCCUAACCACAGGUAGGUUUCCAGAGCUGUUUUUCAUGACCACGACCACCCGGGGAUUACACACCCUUGGCACCCAGACUCCACAUCCGACCAAGGCCCCAGCCCCUAGGUAUCCCCAGACAGGAAAAUCAUUUCAUAGUCAUUUACCCCGGGGGGAGGAACCAGCCCUGGUUCUAGGACCCCACCAGGUUUGAAGGUGUCCUCAACCGCUCCAGGAGGGGGUUGUGACAGCUGGCCCCCACCUGCUGGCCACCCUGAAGAUCACCCCUUGCCUGAUGGAACUGUGCCGCUUUUUCCAACAUUGCCUCUGUGUGGGCCGGAGGAUGCCCAGGACGGAGGCCAUGAGGUACUGUCUGGAAUACUACUCCUGGUUUCUGAAGAAUGCAACAUAUAUCUGUCAGAGGGUACAAAGAGUGGUCCACUCCCAUACAUUAAAGCAGAAAUGUCUUGAGAACAUCUGCAAGUCUGUGUGA